AUGCUCGUUGAAUCUGUGCUGGUGUGCCUCUCUUUAAAGAGGGUUCUGGGAGGCUUGGUAGGGCUGUUAGCAGCAGCGACCCUCACCAAUAUCCUCUACAAUCGUUUCAUUCACCCGCUUCACCGUAUCAACGGCCCCCUCCUCGCAUCUAUCACACCCUGGGUCCAGCUCUACCAUGGCCUGAAGGGUGACCGCCAUCUCUGGCUGCAUAAGUUGCAUGGUCAGUACGGGACACACGUGCGUGUUGCGCCUAAUUUUGUCUCUGUCAACUCGGACUGUGGAUUGCACGAUAUUUAUGGGCACGGAAAACACCUUCAGAAGGCCACAUUUUACAAUGCUUUCCCUGCUAUCAAGGGCGUAUAUAACACGCACAACGCUAUUGAUAAAACCAUGCAUGGUCGAAAAAGAAGAGUGCUUAGCCAGGCAUUCUCAGAUAAUGCUCUUAAGGGUAUGGAGGAUGUGAUGCUCCUCCAUGUGCGUCAGCUGUGUGCCGUACUAGCUGGGUAUGAUGGGGAUUUUGAAUCGAAUGAGCAAAAGGGCAACGUCAAGAACAUGGGUGACUGGUUUAGUUAUCUCUCGUAUGAUGUUAUGGGCGAGCUCUGCUUCGGGAAGAGCUUUGAUAUGCUUAUUUCUGAGACUCAAAGGUAUAAAGUUGGGUUAGUGGAUCGUGCUGCGAACAGGCACUAUGUGUGUGGACUUUGGAUGCCUCUGGACACAUGGGGUCUAGACCAGAUCUUCAUCCGCAGGCUAACGCGUGACCGAUGGACCUUCAUUAUGAAUUCGCGGGUUGAGGCCAACGAGCGCGCCAAGGAGCGUGCCCGAAUUGGUCGGGACGCCAAGAAGGACUUCUUUCACUACCUGUUGAACGCAAAGGAUCCGGAGACUGGCAAUGGACUCAGCACUCCCGAGCUUUGGGGCGAGUCCAACGUCCUCAUGAUUGCGGGCAGCGAUACAACCUCGACUACACUGGCAGCCACACUCUUCUACCUAGUUCGGAGACCGGAUGCACUGGCCAAGCUAUGCGCCGAAGUUCGUGGUGCCUUUAGUGAAGUCGAAGAGAUCAUUACCAGUAGCCAGCUGGGCGAACUGGUGUAUCUCAAAGCAUGUAUUGACGAGGCGUUGCGUCUGGCCCCAGCCGUGCCCGGUGCGAUUCCCCGGGAAGUGAUGGAAGGCGGCGCGGUUGUUGACGGCGUCUUCUUACCCGCCGGCACAGACUGCGGCACACCAACGUACUCCAUCCACCGUCAAGAGCGGUACUACCGGGAAGCAGGGACCUAUAUGCCGGAGCGCUGGAUUGAGGACGCCACCUGCACGGUCUCUGGAGUGUCCUGGCAGACGACUAAGGAGAGCAUGGAGGCUGCGCGGCACGCAUUUUGUCCGUUUAGCAUUGGACCCCGUGGAUGUAUUGGUAAGAGCAUGGCUUUUAUGGAGAUGCGGCUGACACUGGCGCGGCUGGUGUUCCUCUUUGACAUGUCAUUGGCGGAUCGUCAGGGCGAGGACGCGGGACAUCUGGCGCUGACGGAUCAUUUUACCUCCGCCAAGAAUGGACCAAAUGUUGUCUUCCGACGAAGAUAA